CCCGCCCCCUUUUUUUUCAUGCUUAUGAUGACGGUCCAACGUGUUAGCCUACUUUUUAUUUGCUCAGUAAGCAGCAGAUAAAAAGCUCUCGAUUCCUUCUUCUUUUUUCUUUUUCUUCCUUCUACUUUUUCCCGUUUUACAAUGACUACACUUGAACUCAUUCAUUUUAACGAUGUAUACCAUGCUUCGCCGUCUAAAGACGAACCUAUUGGCGGUGCAUCUCGGUUCGCGACCAAGGUAAAUGAAAUCCGUUCCCAAAGUGACCUUGAGCCACUUGUUUUAUUCUCUGGCGACGCUUUUAAUCCCAGUCUUGAAGGCACUAUUACCCGAGGCUCCCACAUGCCGGAGAUCUUGAAUCAGUUUCAUAUUGCAGCUGCAUGUCUUGGUAACCACGAUUUUGAUUUUGGUAUGCCACAAUUGGAGAAAUUGAUUGGACAAACGAAUUUUCCUUGGUUACUUUCUAAUGUUUUGAACGGUGCGGAUACGGCGCAUCAGCGAAUCGAUCGAUAUCUUGUACUUGAACAUGCAGGAUUACGUCUUGGCUUUGUUGGUUUGGUUGAAAAAGAAUGGAUCCAAACAAUUCCCUCAUUUCCUCCAGAGUUGACCUAUUAUGAUUUUGUUCAAGUAGCCAAGGAUCUUUCCAAAGAAUUAAAGGAUCCUGAAGGUCCCCACAAGGUGGAUUUGGUCAUUGCCCUAACACAUAUGCGUGUACCCAACGAUGUCAAAUUGGCAAAAUCUUGUAAAGGUGAAAUCGAUCUGGUGUUAGGAGGACAUGAUCAUUUUUAUUACGUAUCCAAUGCUGUGGAUAUUAUUGGGGAUAAUUGGGCCCGAGAGAAGAAUUUAGAUGACGUCGGUUAUGAUCCUGAACAAAUCGUGGAAGGCGACGAAGAGGAAGAGGAUGAUGAGAGAUACCCUGUACGAGUUGUCAAGAGUGGUACUGAUUUCAGAGAGUUUUCCUAUUUGAAAAUUGAAAUUGAAAGUGAUUCAGAUACGGGUAAAAAAUACAUCAAGGACAUGUCAGCUGAACGUGAGGUGAUAGAUUCAAGUGUACAACCCGAUGAAGCUACCGAAGAGCUGGUUGAAAAUGUAGCCAAACUCGUUUCCUCUAAAACCAAGACAGCCAUCGGAUAUACCACUGUUCCCUUGGAUGGCCGUAGUAUGACCGUUCGGACCGAAGAAACCAAUCUGGGAAAUCUUACCGCCGAUUUGAUGAUGAUGUACUACAAGAAUAUUCAAACUCCAGCCGAGAUUGGGUUCUGUGUGGGUGGCACGAUUCGAAACGAUAGUAUUAUUGAAGUGGGAGAGAUUACAUUGGGAGACAUUUUGACCGCCUUCCCUUUUCUUGACCCUAUUGUUGUGAUUCGAGUGACCGGAAGACAGUUAUGGGACGCGCUUGAGAAUAGUGUAUCUGAAUAUCCUAAACAAGAAGGCCGAUUUCCUCAAUUAGCAGGUAUUCGUCUCGAAUGGAACCCGGAAGCACCUUCGGGAAGUCGUGUACGUAGAGUGUUUACUUGCAAAAAGCAUUUGACAAGUGUCGAAUUAAAGGAGCGUAGUGGACAUCGACGAUCACUUAGUUUUCCCAACAUGUUGAACCGAAAGGAACGUUACGAGCCCGAGAACAUGAUCCCGUUAAGUAUGGAACGUGAAUACAUUGUUGCUACAAGAAAUUAUUUGAUUGGUGGUUAUGAUGGUUAUACAGCGUUCAAGGUACCCGAGGAUAAAAUUAUUGUGGAUGAAGAACGUGGUGUGUUGGUAUCUACAUUGUAUCGUAAAUAUUUCUUGGGUUUGAAAUAUAUUAAUGCUUUCCGAGAGUAUCAAGCCAAGCAUGUACAUCAUGAAGAUCGAAUUAAGAAAUUGGUGGCGUCCGCAGCAGCGCAUUGGCGUAGUGUGUCUAAACAAUUCAGAAGACAUAAUCAUCCUAAUGAUGGUAGAGACUGUGAUUGUGAUACAAGUAGUCAAGAUGGAAGAUCCUUUUUGGAAAGUGAUAUUAAACAACGUGCAGAUUAUCAUAUCAGUACUGAGGCUAUUGGUGAUGCAUUUGUGGAUUCUAGCAAAGGUCAUCCCAACUGUAUUGAUUCGGAAGAUGCAGAAGAAAAUGGUCCUAAUAGUAAGUACAAUGCUGAUAACGAUGUAUCCUGGGUAAAGCGUUGGGCUAGUAUUAGUCCUGUGGUAGAAGGUCGUAUUGUUCGCGUAGAUUAUUAAUUAGUGAUGAUAAUAAAAAAGUUUGAUUUUUGAUUUUUCCCUUUGAAG